AUGGAGGCAAUGAUAAAAUUUUCAAAACGUGGAUGAUUGUUCUGAAAUCAAAUUUCACGAGACAUGCGUUAUUCUAUCAGUUCUUUCAGAAAUUCAUUUAAUCGUAACUCAGUAGUUAAGUUUUUAAGUUGUUCUAAAUGGACUUCGAUGUUUACAUAUUACUCAAGUUUAUUUUCAAAUUUGAAACAAAAUGUAAUUAUGAAUUCUAGAUAUGUUAAAUUUUACAGUUUUCAGUCUAAAUUUGCUAACCAUGAAAAACUAAUUGCUGAUCAACCAAAAUCAAUUUUGCUGAGUAUUUAUAAUAUUGUGUGUAAACAUUUUGGUUCAGAAAAAUUUAUGCCAUCUUUUAAAUGUGUUUUGUUGCAAAAAAAUCCUCAAAAAUGGAAAGCAGAAAUUUCCUUAUGUUGGCCAUCACAAAUUACAGAAGAAGGUAUUGCGUUACGAAAGCGUUCUGCUGAGGCUAUUGCUGCUAAGAAAGUUAUUGAAUGGCUUCACAGAGAAAAUGUUUUAGAUGAAAAAAAUUAUCCCAUUCUUUAUCAAACAGAUGAUAAGAAAAAACUUAUUCAAAGUUGGAAGUUGCCACAUUUCAUAAACAUUUCAUCUGAGUUGGAAGAAAAAAUAAAAUGUCUAUUAAAAGAAUAUGAAGAAAUCAAAAAUACAAUUGAGAAUUGUGAAGAUAAAUUGCCAUUACAGUCUCUUAUUAUAGAAGAUUCUAUAAAAAGAGAUUCUAUAGAAGAUUCUAUAAAUUUUAAUAUAAACAACAAUGUACCUUUUUUAUUAGAAUCUUCUCAUAAUUUAAUAGAUGUUAUAACUGGAGAAAAACUGAAAGAUUAUGAACCUGAACAACUUUUAUCAAGAAGUUUUGAGAUGUAUCAUCAAAUGAAAGAAAAUGAAAAUAACAUUGAAUAUCAAAGGUUGAAAAAUCGGAGAGAUGCUCUUCCUAUUUUAGCAAAAAAGGAAGAAAUUCUUUCUUUAAUACAAGAUAAUCAAGUAAUUGUGUUAUCAGGAGAAACUGGAUGUGGAAAGACAACACAAGUUCCACAAUAUAUAUUGGAGCAAUACAUAAUGUCAUACAGAGGAGCUGAUUGUAACAUAGUAAUGACACAACCACGAAGAAUAGCUGCUACUUCUAUUGCAGCUCAUAUAGCUAAGGAAAGAUAUGAGAAAUUAGGUGAUACAAUUGGUUUUCAUGUGAGACUAAAUAAGCAACUCCCUUCCAAAUGUGGAGCUGUUUUAGUUUGUACAACUGGAAUUCUUCUUCAACGUUUACAGUUAAAUCCAUUGUUAAAAGGAAUUAGUCAUGUCAUAGUAGAUGAAGUUCACGAAAGAAGUGUCCAAAUUGAUUUUUUAUUAAUACUUUUAAAAAAAAUAUUGAAAGAAAACAAAGAUUUGAAAGUUAUUUUAAUGAGUGCUACAAUAAAUGCUGAAUUAUUUUCUGAAUACUUUAAUCAUUGUCCAAUCUUAAAUGUACCUGGAUUUACUUUUCCUGUAAAGGAAUAUUUUCUCAAAGAUGCUUUAAAAUUAAUUGGAAAAAAUAAUUUUAAGAUUGAAGAAGGUCCAGAAGUCAAUGUUAAUGUUGAUUUAAUUGUUGAAUUAAUAAAAAGAAUUGAUGAAACAAAACCACCUGGUGCCAUUUUAUGUUUUCUUCCAGGUUGGCAAGAAAUAAAAUUAGUUAAUAAUAAAUUGCAAAAUGUACUUUCUGAUAAGUUACAAUAUCAUAUUCAUACUCUUCAUUCUCUUAUUCCUCAUAAUCAGCAGUCUGAAGUUUUUAAUUCUGUCCCAUCAAAUGUAAGAAAAAUUAUCCUUGCGACUAAUAUAGCAGAGACUUCUUUAACAAUCAACGAUGUUGUUUAUGUAAUUGAUACUGGAUGUCAUCGAGAAUUAAAUUAUAAUCCUAAUAAUGGUUUAUCAAUUCUUUCUACACAAUGGAUCUCAAAAGCAAAUGUUCGACAAAGAAAAGGAAGAGCAGGUAGAGUUCAGUGUGGUGAAUGUUAUCAUUUAUUUACAGAAGACAUCAUGAAUGAUAUGCCAGAUUUUCCAAAACCAGAAAUGAUGAGAAUAUCACUUGAAAAUUUAAUUAUUGACAGUAAGAUAUAUAAUCCAAAUAUUUCAGCAUUAGAAUUUUUAUCAGAAGCUGUUCAAGCUCCAAAUAUUGAAAGUAUUAAAUGUUCAAUAAAUGAUUUACAACAAAUGAAUAUUUUGAAUGAGAAUGAAAAUUUGACCAUUCUUGGAAAAUAUGCAUCUCAUUUUGCAUUACAUCCUCGUCUUUCUAAAGCUAUAAUUUAUUCUGCUCUGUUUAGAUGUAUUAAUCCAGUAUUAACGAUAGCAGCAAUGCUUACUGGUAAAAAUCCAUUUAAUGUUAAUUUAGAAGACAAUGCAGCAAUAAGAGAGAUUAGGAAAAAGUAUGACACAAAUUGUUUCAGUGAUCAUUUAUCAUUUGUUAACCUGUAUAAUGACUGGAAUGCUAGUCAGACUCGUCAGCAGGAUUUAGAAUUCUGUGAAAUGAAUAAAAUAAAUAUUCAGAAUAUGAAUUUCAUUAAAGGACUGAAAAAUUUAUUUUCUGAAAAUUUACAUGAAACGGGCUUGAUUGAAAGUGAGAUUACCAAUAACAAUCAAUAUUCUUUGAAUUCUGGCAUAGUAUUGUCUGUUCUUUGUGCUGCUUUGUAUCCGAAAGUUAUAAAGCAACGAGUAGGAACAUUGGAUCGAGGGAGAAUAAAUUGGACAAAGACAUCACUUUACACACUCCGAGGAAAGAAAGCCAAUUUAACUUCAUCUUCAUUGUUGCACAAGAUAAACCAAUGGCCAAGUCCUUGGUUAAUAUAUUUUAGUGGAGUUCAAGCAGAAGAAAGAGGUAGACUGACCGUAAGAGAUGCUUCAGUUAUUUCUAGUAUCUCUCUUAUUUUAUUUGCUGGUAAACAUCUUAAUAUGUUAAACCAAGUCAAUAAGCAUGAACUAGUAACUUUAUCUGUCAAUGGUUCAAAAGGAUGCUUGUUUCAGUUACAUCCUUCCCAAGGACAAUGCCUAAUGGACCUUCGUCAGUGUUUUGACAAUGUGAUACAUUGGUUGUUAUGCAAUUCUAAUGAUUUAUCAGGUGAUGAAAAAGUGGAAUCUUUUGUUAAUCAUUUUCUGGAAGUGUUGAAUCAACUCUUGUUACAAAAAGACAAAGAUCAAAGUGAACACUGUGAUAGUGAAUGAUAUUUUUAAUUUCAUAAACAAAUUUUAAGAUUCUUUUAUAUAAAAUUGAAAAUGUAUUUAUAAAUAUUUAAUGCAAAGUUAU